AGCCAUUCUGACUCGAGCGAUCCCCCAGUGACCUCGCAGCCCAGGCACGGUUGCCCGCGGCGCCCCCGCCUCAAAACCAUGCGCCACGGCGGAGCCCUCGGCUCAGGCUACGGCGGCGGCGGCGCGCUUGGCGCCCGCGGCGCCUGUGGCGGCGGCGCCUACGGCGGUGGCGCGUACGGCAGCGGCGGUGGCGCGCUCGGCACGCUCGGCGCCGGCAGCGGCGCGUACGGCGGCCCGCUGCCCGCUCGGCUACGGCGCCGGGCACGCGGGCGGCGGUGCGCUCGGCCACGGCGCAGGGUACGGGCAGGCGGAUUGCUGCACGGCCACCGCCGUCUCCUGCUGCGGUGCUGGCCCAGGCGGUGCCGCGGGCGACGCCUGCGGCGGUGGCGGCGGGACAAUCCUGUCGUACGGGGGGCCCGGCCGGGGGCGAUUACGUCCAGGAGACGACCUACAGGUACGUGGGGGCCGGCGCUGGCGAGUUCGGCGUCCUCCGCAUCCCCCGCGCGGGGCCCAAUUGCUGCUGCAUGGUGGUCCCGCUGCUGCUGGUUCCCCUGCUGCUGCUCCCGCUGCUCCUGCUCUCCCUCGCCCCGGGGAGCACCACGACCACGACCACGACGACUGCAAUGACGACCUUCCCGCCGUUGCCCGACCGACCGACCCCUCCGCCAGAUGUGCCGACGACGACGACCGAGAAGACGACGACGGCCAGGCCGCCUCCGCCGCCGCCGCCCCCGCCGCCCCCGCCCCCGCCGCCCCCGCCGCCCCCGCCGACGACCACCCAGAAGAGGACCAAUUGUGCCGAGGGUGCCCCGGAGUCAUGGGACGUGGCCAAGAAAGUGCAGUGCUGCCUGAUGGAGAACAAGGGGUGCCCGACCACGUCCACCUCGCCCUGCCCCAUCGACUGUAACGCCGGCUACAAUGACCUCGACCCGCUGCAGUGGGUGCGCGGGUGGUCCGGCCAGAAGAAGUUGUAUUGCUGCAAGACGGCGAACAGGGGCUGUCCCUCGGAGCUGCCGCCCCCGUCGGGCGCGCCGCCGUCGGGCCUGCCGCCCGCGCCCGACACGAGCGUCUACGACUGCGACGCGGGAUACCACCACUGCAUGCACUGCCUGGAGCUGUCGUGGUCCCCCCAGAAGAUCAACUAUUGCUGCACGAACUUUAAAAAAAAACAACUAUUGCUGCACGAACUUCCACAAGGGGUGCAGGGGCGAGGAGCCGGCGCGAGAAAGCCGCAGGGUCUAAGAGGGCCGCGCCGUGAGUGGCCGCGGGGGGAUCGAAGAGGAGAGCGAGAUGAGUAAGAGGAGUGGGGUGCAGAGGAGAAGAAACAGGAGGGAUGGCCUAGGCUUGGGAGUUCGCAAGCGGGUGUCAAGUUCUUGCCAGCACCCGUGUCGCUGCUAAGGUAUCAGUUUUUUGUUGUUGCAGCUCUCCGUGGCAAAGAUACUGGAGAGCGCAGAAAUCCGGAUCACGCUCGUGAUCACCAACAUGACAAAUUGUACGUACAGAUCCCCUCAUCAUCCAUCGUCCAGAUCCUCAAAGCCCUCGCUCUUUCGCUGCCCCUUCCAGUAUAGCAAGAAUGCGAGACUACGAACGAAUGCGCAAAUAGUUGAAUUAAUUGCUGAAUUGACAGAUGUGGAGUGGGAU